AUGAGGCACAAAUUCCUUUUUUGUUAUCUUUGUAGUGAUUGGUUGGAGGAUGGUCUGCGUGUGUAUGAAGUAGAAAGUACAACUCAUACAAGACGUAAGUUUCGCCAAGUUGCCAGGGAGACCUGUGGUGAAUCAAUGGAGCCACCAGCUGACAACUUGAUAUUGUUUGGAGAGAUUUCAGGAAAUAGAGGCCAGUUUAUUACCCAACUACUUUUUUUUAGCAAUGAUAACAUUUUUCAUUUGAAGGGGAGAAUUUUAUGAGUGCUUAUUUACUCCAAAUUGCAUGAGAAAAAUCAUGUGAUUACUUAUUAAUAAUAUUCAUGAAAAAAUUGCCAGACAGCUUUAAAAUCUCUUUAAUAGGGAGUCAAGCCGCAUAAACUAUGUGCAAAAAUAAAUUAUUCAAAUGCAGCAAAUAUCAUUACACGUGCAGUCAAAACAACAUUUUCUCGGUGUUUUUAAAGUUUCAAGCUGCAGAAACGGGCUGAACAGUUCAUGGAAUUGUUCAAUCUGUUUGAAUUAAAGAUUCUGGGUUCUUACCUCGAGUUUUCCGCUCUUCCAGAAUUUUUUCUUCCUCCUCUGAUACUUGCCGAGCUUUGUUUGGGCGCUUACCACGGCGAGCCAAGCGAAGCUCUUUCGCUUUGUCCUCCAACACCUCUUUGGACGAACUAAAUUCUCGAUCACGUACAAUGGACAGGGUGCAGCCUUUGUUCUUUAAGUGUCUAUAAGUGUUAAGCACAGCUGGCUCAUAAUUUUCUAUUUCAUCAGUAAUUUCCUUAUCUACGCACCAAUCCUUCCAAACAGAGAGCCAAAAACGAGUGGUUUUCACAGUGUUUUCGUUUUUAGAGCAGUUUUUCAGCUCCUCUACAGUUGUUUCGGUCGCAGAAGCAAAUGUGCUGCAAACGCCAACCAUUGCGGUUUUUGCUCAAAACUGGUCCGGAGCAGAUCCAAAUUUUGCGCCAUUUAGAUGGCGUAUUUGAUUGGCUCUCAGUGAGUUCCUUUGUUUAUUAGCUAAUCAGAAUGUCACGUUUGUUACUCUUUUCUGUACUAAAUUACCUUUUUUCCUCUUAGCCAAUCACAAUCAAGAAAUUUUUUCAUGUAUAUUAUUAGUAACGUUAUGCUGCUGUUCAAGGUACAUAAUAGAAAUAUAGAGGGGGAGGAGAAGGAGAGAUGAAGAUUGUUUUGCUCCCUAAAAUUACCCUAUGAAUGUUGUUGUGAAAGAAAAGGAAAAAAUUGAUGAUGCUACAUUCUAUUACAUUGUGGGUGGCCUGUUAUUUGCCAAAAGUGGGGUAAUUAGCCUGUUCUCGGCAUUCAUUUAGUGGAGAGUGCCGUGAAGUGGGAAACUGAGAAAGAAAGAAUGCUUGUGGGAUCUGCAUUCAAAAGCUCAUUUGUUUCAGUUUGUCUUUGCAGUUCCCUAAAAAUUAAUGAUUUUAUUGGACAAUCCUGCUCCACCCUUUACUUGGUAGUUGUCAAGCGAAAUCAGUAAGGAACCUGGGAACUACUAACAUUGGAAGAAGGGUGGCAGAUUUUUUUAAUUUAAGCAACCACGGACAGGGACGGCAACGGGAACAUUAAAAAAUGCUGAACUCUUUCUAAAGGGACUAAUUUAUUGUCGGUGAUUUCUCAGUUUUUCUUCUUGCUUUGCUGUCCCAUGACAAUUUACACUCAUUGCUGGAGGUAGGAUGAAAAGUCUUUUUACCGGAAUUGAAUCCUCUAGUCAUACAGCAGUCUCCUUUGGCCAAUAAAUUUUUUGACUAAUGUCUUUAUUUUAUCUGUGUAAUUAUUGUUACUGUAAUUUUUUUUUUUCAAAUCCAUCACUUGGAACCUUCUCCAGCAGUUAUCUGUUUGCAUGAUUUAAUUCGUCUUGCAUUUCCUGAUUCUGUUCUAGGGCUGCUCGCAGAAGAUGGGGUCUAGUGGUGUCUAUUCUUGUAUUUUGGUUGUGAUGGCCUGACAUAGAUUUUGUACCAAACCUUAUUUUGAGUAUAUUUUUGGUUUUAGAUCCAGUUGUGUGUGUAGUUUGUGCAAAACUUGCCAGGAAUGAUGUGGAGGACAUAACCAACUCAGAUUACUACCACUGGGUCAAUUUUCUUUUUGUCAAAGGUGACUACCAAGUAAGAACUUUAGGUUGUAAUUGUAAAAAGUAA